AUGGCUGAGAAGAAACAUAAACAAGAGGAGAGGUGUGGAGUUGACCUGAACCCGGAUCAGUUCCGCUGUUCAGUAUGUCUGGAGCUGCUUUUAGAGCCAGUCACUCUUCACUGCGGUCAUAGUUUCUGCCAAAAGUGUAUAAAACGCUUCUGGGACGUGAAGAAUGUGAAGGGAGAGUACACCUGCCCCGAUUGCAGAGAGAGAUUCAGUCCCAGGCCUGUGCUGCGGAGGAACAACACACUGGCUGAGGUUGUGGAGAAGCUGAAGAGGAGUCAGAGCCAGCAGACUUCUCCCUCUGCUCCUCUGGCUUGUGAUGCCCCGACAGAUGUUGUCUGUGAUUUCUGCGGUGGUACCAAACCCAUGAAAGCCACUAUGUCUUGCCUGACGUGCUUGGCAUCGUACUGUCCAGCCCACCUCGAGCCUCACUACAGUGUUCCUGUGUUGAUGAAGCACCAGCUAGUCUCUGCUAUGGUCCCGCUGUGUACGAAGAUAUGUACAGAGCACAGCAAGCUGAUGGAGAUCUACUGUCAGACAGACAAGCAGCUUGUUUGCUCUCUGUGUACUGUAAAAGACCACGAGGGACACAAAACAGUCCCUGUUUCAACACAGAAGGCUGAGACAGAGAAAUGGCUGGUCUCAAGUCAAAAGAAAGUCCAGGAAAGAGUCCAGCAGGGAGAGGAGGAGCAGAGAAAGCUCAGCGAAGAGGAGGAGAAUCUCAAGAGUUGUGCCGAGGCUUCGGUGAAAGACUGUGACAAGAUCUUCGACCAGUUAAUCUCCUCCAUGCAGAAAAGACGCAGCGAGGUGAAGCAGCUGAUCACAGCACAGGAGAAGUCUGCAAUCACUCAGGUUAAAGAGCUGCGGCUGCAGCAGGGGGAAGAGAUUGCCAAGCUGAGAACAAGAGACGCUCUCCUGGAACGGCUGCUGUACACCGACGACCACAUCUAUUUGAUUCAGGCUUUCUCCAAUUUCUGCGACCCUCCGGAGAUUUCAGUUGGAGCUGGUCCUCCACGCUCCUUCAGAGAGGUGACUGACUGUGUGUCUGAGCUGAGAGACAAGCUGGAGGCCAUGCUGAAGGACACGUGGCCAAGGAUCUCUGCCACAGCUUCUUAUGUAGACUUCACACUGACACCAGAACCAACAACCAGAGAGGAGUGUUUACAAUAUCGCUGUGCUCUCACACUGGAUGUGAACUCAAACUACGCCUAUCUCUACCUGGUAGACAAGAUGCACAGGAUGAAGCCUGGUCCCAGCCCAUAUGCUGCUCACCCAGACAGGUUUACUAAGUUUGCACAAGUGCUGUGCGAAGAGGGUUUGUCAGAGCGAUGUUAUUGGGAGGUGGAGUGGUACGGUCGCUCUCUCUCUGCUGCAGUGUCAUACAAAGACAUCAGCCGAACAUCGGAUGACUCACGGUUUGGAAGCAACAACAAGUCCUGGAGCUUAGAGUGCACAUCAAAGGGCUACUCGUUCCGUCACAAUAAUGUAGAAACACCAGUGUCAGGACCUUGCUCCUACAAGAUUGGAGUAUACCUGGAUUAUAAAGCAGGCAUCUUGUGUUUUUAUCAUGUCUCUGACUCGGUGGUGCUGCUCCACAAAGUUCAGACCACCUUCACACAGCCUCUCUAUCCUGGACUCGGGCUUGACUAUCAAUGGUAUGAUGCUGGAGUGUAUGCACAGCUGGUCAAGUUGUUGUAGUAAAAGUGUGUGCUGCAACAUAAAAACACUAGAGGAGUAUAGAUGGGAGAACUUAAAAGACUUUGGUGCUUAAACAUAACAAAAUAUUUAUUUUCUUCUUUUUCCAUCUAUAAUAUUUUCCUUCAUGUCCCUCCCAGAGCUUCUUUCUAGAGAAAUACAGUUUAAAAAAAAAAAAAAAUGGUAUCUCUGCUUUUGCCGGUCAGAUGUUAUUGUGAAGGGAAGGUGACAGAGCGUGAAAACUCUGAUAAAACCUGCCUUAACAUGAAUGAAUUAGAUCUAGCCUGUAGUGAAAAGGCUUUUGACUUUGUUUUUGUUGGUACUUGAGCUUGAUACGAUCUAAAGGCUCAUCAAGAAGUUUUUCAUCCAAGAAAAGGCAAAGCAACAUGCAAGUCAAUGCAAGUGCCCAGUCCUUAAGGGGUUUUUGUUUAUGAGGAAAUUUUACAUGGAAAAUGAUUCAAACCUAGUACAAGUUAAUAGGUUUUGUAGAUUCAGUCCAAAUAAUUUACACUGUUAAGCGCAUCAGUUAUUUUCUAACUAGGCAGGAUAUUUUUUCUUUUCCUUUAAAAAAAAUAACUUUUCAACCAAAGUGACCUGAAUGCUUAUUAGGAUGACCAACUGCUCUCAAAAUGUCUUGAUUGAUUGUCACAAAUUGUACUACCUGACAUGGGAAGUUGUGCCUA